ACGAAUUACGUGACACCACCAGCGGUACCCGGUCUUCCGCAGUAUACAGAUGAAUGCGGCGAUACGAGCCCGUGCAAGGAGAACGAACAAUGCGUUACUUCGCUUUCGGGGCGACGAGUUUGCCAGUGUCUGUAAGUUGUCUCAUUUUUUGAAAACCACUUUUUCAGCGCUUCCUUUUUUUCAUCUUUGA